CGUCACCCUCUUGCAUGGCAUUUGGUGUGAAGUGCAAUCGCCUCCCCUGUUGUCCCGAUCUUUCAUCGAUCUCCAUCCCUCGUCAUUGUGUAUAUACUAACCAUGGCGGUCCGACGGUCCGCCCGCCUGCGCAAUCGCGAGGCCUCCUUGUCCGAGGAACCGCAACCGCAACCCCCAGCUGGCCCCGCCGAGCACCACAGUCACGUCAACACAGAUCACGUCAACCAUCGGCAUGACGACCAGCCCAGUGAGAAACCAAACACCAGAAGAAACACGCGCAGCAAGAAGAAAUCCCAACCCACUAAGGAACCCACCAACCUGCCCCCUGUGAUUGAACGUGAGGAGACUGCCGUGAAUACUCUCACUGAACUCAACCCUGCACCCCAACCACCAGUCGCAGCAGAGCAAUCUGCGUCUACUAGCGAAACUAGUAAAACACCGUCUGCGCCGGCUAACGAAGCACCCGAAACUGCAUCCAAGGAAAUCGAAGUCGAAACUACGCGUCUCGCAGCCGAAAAGGCUGAACAAACAAGAAAGCGAUCCAUCAGUGCCGCGUUUGACAAGGCCGAGUCGACAUUCAAGAAAAUGAAGACUGCCGCGUUCACCAAGAGCGGUACCACUCCUAAGAAGGGUGCUGGUGACGCCAUUGCCACUCCGCUGAAGGCGACCCCCGCAGCGGCACAACCUGCCGGUGCAAAGACCCCGUCGACUGUGAUGGCGCGUCCUUCUCAUCAGGAUAUGCAUCCGAGCAAGGUCCACCAGAGCACGACGAAGCAACCUGACUCGGGCUUGGUUCUGGGCUUCAACCCCGUCAAGAAAGACGCCGAGGGCAACGUCGUCAAAGAGACUGCCACCGAGAGCACCCCGACCAAGACUAGAGAGUCCCCUGCUUCGACUUACUAUGGCACUCCUGCGUUUGAGUUCAAGUUUGCCAGUCCGCAGCUGAGCGACGAGGCCAAGAAGCUCAUGGAGACCGUGCGCAAGGACGCGGCGAGGAUCAAGGCCCAGAUGGUCCUUGACCAGGCAUGCAACCCGCAGAACAAGCCUGAGCCCGCGGAGAGAAAGAUCGUGCAGCCCAAGGGGAAGACCGACCGUUUCACCGAGGCCCAUUUGGCCGAGUUCAAGAAGAUGGACUCCAUCGCCAACCAUCCCUCGGCCUUCCGGACCGCUCCGGGUCGCUUCCAGCCGGUCAGUGAGAAGAAAACUCUGAAGCGAACCAACUCCAAGGCCGGAUUGGAUGACACCCACAGCAAGUCGCCCUCGCCUUCCAAGACGUUCAUCGCGCGACCUUCUCCUGCUCCGGCUGCUGCCUCUGCUAAGCGCGUCAAGCACAACCCUGCCGAUGACACCUCUACCAGUCGUCUCCCUCUGUUCAACAGCCCGAAACCGACAGUGCCGCGUCCCAAACACUCUUUCCGCAAGUCGUUGAUGACGCCGACCCGGGCCUCGGCGGCGCGUGCGUCGACCGUGAGACCUGCGCGCACUUCCAUGAUCCCGUCGCUGGUUCGGUCGCCAGCUCCCACUCAGCCGGAGGUUCCACGCACCCCCCAGACCGAUUUCAACCCUCGGUUGAAGAGCAACCUGCCCACCUUUGGCCAGCUGAAAUCGAUCCUCCGCCAACCCCACCAGCUUUUCUCCAAAGACCCUUCCAAGAUCGCCGCCGGCACGCAUGUGGCAGCGCCCGAUUUCACUUCGAACAUGCUCCUCGGCUCCUCCCGGGACGCAACCGAGGAACCCUCGCACACUCCCUCUCCCAAGAAACGCGUGGAGUUUACUCCUUGCGUGAAGGGCUUACAGGAGGAAACGGUCUUCUCGCCGUCCCCUUCGAAGCUUCCCCCUGCAAGCGCCUCUCGCGUGGUUUCCGACAUUGUUUAUCCCACCCUCCCGACGCUGACUCCGGAGCACGCCCGCAGCCCGAGCAAGACGGCCAGUGCCAGUCAGGACAGCGCCGCCACUACCCCUACUAUCCGCCAAGUCCGCCCUUCUGAUGCUACGCCCCUGCCGGAAAUUGCCGGCGUGCCCCACGGGAUCGGCCAUAAGAAGCGCAACCGUCCGACUGUCGAGGCGGAGAAGACUGAUUCUACUUCCAUGCCCGACAUUGCAGGUGUGCCUCACGGGAUUGGCCAUAAGAAGCGCAACCGCACGGCUGUCGAGGCGGAGGAGACCGAUGCGGAGAACGUGCCCCCGGCGGAGAAGGCGGGUUUGCGCAGCGCCAAGCGCAUGAAAAUGAGCUCGCCCUCGCCGUUCAAGAAGACAGGCCCAGCCUCGAGCGCCGCCACCCCGAGUCCCCUCAAACCCCGGUCCCACACUCCUCUCCGCUCGGCGACCAGACCCUCGGCCGGACACCUCAGCACCAGCACCACUCCGGGCAGUGCCCGCCCUCGCAGCCGGGGGGUACUGACUAUGAGCCGUCUGCACUUGCUGUCUCAGCCCAAGAACCGUUUUUCGUAGGGUGCUCGCGCGUUGCCCUGCAUGACUUGGAUGUCUGUGUGCCGACCGAGCUCGGAUUUGCGAUUUCUUCGCCGGUUCUCAUUUUAACCUUUAACCAUCUUCUAUCCUUAGGUAGUUUUAGGAAGUGGGUUUUUGAGAUGAGCGGAAGGUUGCAUGAGGUAGUCCCUGGUCCAUUGUUUAUUGAUUCUUCUUGUCGCGUGGCCAGGGUUGCUUUGUAGCGUGUUUGUCAUCUGGU